CCAAAACCCUCUCGUACCAUUUCCCUUCCUCUUACCCUUUUCCCGUCGACUUUCCCUUUUUUUUUUUAUUAUAUUCUUGUAGGUUCAGCUUUCUGGGGAACGGCGAGAGCCGUGAAGAACUUCAACGAAAGACGUGAUCCGGCGACGGGCGAAUAUCCCUCUCCGGCAACAUUUCAUCUUUCUUUGGCUUUGUCCUCUUUACUGGGAGGCAAAUCAAACUUAUUCAGGCUCGUUUCUCUUCUUCAUCAACAUUCGUUAGUGUUUAUCAUGGAGGUAGUUCAUUUGUCUGCAAAAGAAGCUAACAUCAUCCCUAUCAAGUCGGAGGAUAUUCAAAUAAGUACAUAUGAAUGCGAACUGCACCUCAUAGGUCUCAAAAAGGUUAUCGCACAGAUUUGGCAAAUUAGGACUUCUGUGAAUAAUAUCAGAGAGUUAAGCGUACAA